CAGCACAUACCCGUUUAGUCCAAACGACAACAAUGACGACAUUGAAAUUGGGCAGUAAAUCCGAAAAAAAAGAACUGCCAGUGCUGGGUGCCAGUGCCCCCUGCAGCACAUUGUUUAGGUUUUAUUUCGAGACUCCCAGCUCAUCGAUGAGCAGGGCGUCCGGAGGGCACUGGCGGUAAUGAGGAAGCCGAAACUGGUUUGCUCGGACUUAACCGUUGGGACCCGGUGGUGAGGCGACGGGGCAAAUUGUUAGUCAGCAUCAGGCCGAGUACCGAGUGUACCCACAUUAUGGACAAAUUGUUUGCUCAUAUUCGCUGUGUUAUUGAAAGUGGGCACGUACAACUCCAACUGGGCAGACCGGGCUUAAACCAAAGACAGGUAGUCAGGGUCAUGUUUGUGUGUCGAUGCUUACUGCUGCGACUGCGGCUGCGAUGAUGUAGCAACUUUGAUAAGGUCGCCGUGUGUUCAUACCCCUUGAUUCCACACAGAUCAUGAUGCAACGGUGCGUCUGGCGCCUCCAGAUGCCGCUGGCUCUGCGACGUGGCCUCACCUCGGGGGAGGCUAGAAAUCAAGAAGUGUCAGCAGAGGCAGAGCCUUUGGACUCUUUCGAGCGGCAGUACCUCAAGGAUCGCAUCCAGAUAUCGCCCUUCCAGAGGGUGUUCCUUGGAGCUGGAUCUUCCAUUGCAGCUUUGCUGGAUCCCAGACGCCACGACAUGAUCGCCUGUUUGGGAGAGACCACUGGCGAGAACGCUUUGGAGAACAUUUUAGACACCAUGCAGGCCAGCGAGGAGGGACAACGCAUCAUGGUCGACAAGCCUCGGAUUCACACCAGCACCAUCGACUUUAAGUAUCUGGAAACCCUGCCCGCCGACUCCUUUGGAGCUGCCUACGUCAAGUUCUUGAAAGAUAAUCAAGUCACGCCAGACAGUCGCAUGGCGGUGCGGUUUCUGGAGGAUCCCAAGCUGGCCUACCUGAUGACACGCUACCGCGAGUGCCACGACCUGAUCCACACGGUUCUGGGCAUGCCCACCAAUAUGCUCGGCGAGGUGGCGGUCAAGUGGGUGGAGGCUCUAAACACGGGUCUGCCAAUGUGCUACGGCGGAGCUGUUUUCGGUGCGGCACGCCUCCGCCCCAAGCAGCGGCGUGCGUACUUGAAACACUAUUUGCCCUGGGCCCUGGAGAACGGCAAGCGGAGCAAGCCCCUGAUGCCCGUUUACUGGGAGAAACGCUGGGAGCAGAAACUCCAAGACCUGCGUGCAGAACUUGGCAUUACUAUCUUAAAUAAAGUAUAACUUAUUGUUUUUGUAAAUCA